UUGUGCGCGCGCACGUGGCUCAGCUGUAGAAAAGCAACGCGUGCGCGCGUUCUCUUCCGAUGGCGCGUGCUUCCGACGCGAUGACAGAAGCGAGCUGCGUGCCGCACGCGCUUGUGGCCGUCAUCAUUGCGCUCUGUUUGUCCUACGCUUCGCCCGACACACUCUGUAACUCGAAUGACCCGUAUCUGCUGUCCGACACGUUGGCUGUGCUGGAAGGAACCUUGCGCGCCUUAGUGGAGCGGAUCCAGUAUCUAAACGCCGAUGUCAUGGUUGGACUGCGUAUCGUUGCAGAUCAACUUCUCGUAGAGAUCAAUCGAUUAAACUCGACGGGGGAGACGCGGAACUGUGGAUUUGUCUUCCCGGAGACAUCCACCAACUUAGACACUAAGCAGCUCAGGUCGAGACUCGAGUACCUUCAUGAUGCCGUUGAAUACUACAUCCCACCAGGCAUGGAGAUGGUGGCGAGAAAGAUCUCAUCAGAUUUUUACAAUAACGUUCUGGUGCCCCUUUCGGAGGUUGGCAGAUGGAACUUCAGUUUGCCAUUGAUAAGCACAAAUCCAGCUCUCCUGGUGGAGCCGGACUACAACUUUGACUUUCAGGAGGAGCACUCAGACGCCUGUAUAGCUGAGCUGACCAUGGCCAAGAAGAAGGCAGAGUGUAACACCAGUGGAGACUGCAUUUGGCGGAUGACCCUCAAGAAUGCCACGUCGUACUGGCUGACACACGAAGUUUUCUUCAUGUUCAUAGCCUAUAACUCUCCUUGCUUCGAUGACAUACUGCAAAUCCUUGGUGGCCUGCGUAGGGGCGACCUGCAAGACUUUCUAAGACACGCCUGUACAAACACGCUAAGGGAUGCUGAACUUAUUGCCCGGCUUGGAUUUCCUUCCGAACACCAGGACCUCUUCAUCGAACAGUCUACGUUUUGCGGCUUAGCAGGGGUUGAAGAGUUCUUUCGACCUGAGUGGGUACGACUCGUGUACUCCUGGCGAAGGCCUGACAAUUGCUACGAGGAGGAACCCGCACAUCCAGCGAAUGAAAAGACAAGGCAUACAAGACGAAAGCGAUAUGACGUUACUACUCCAGAUAGGUGUCGGGUUCACAAGACUAUACUGGCUGCGAUGUAUACUACGACAGUGCUACGGUUUCUACUUCACUAACUCAGCGUCUUCAACGAAUAAAGUAUGUAUUUUCGAUUGCACAA